CUUCAAUUGACAAUUUGACAAAGAGAUCAUCUCAACUAAUUGUUGACUUUUGUUUACAAGUCAUUAUUUAAAAAUAUGAAUUAAAAUAGAAAUAAUGCACAAGUUUCUUCGAUAUCUUCUACUAUAAAUAUAUCCUACACUCUUAAAAAUGGGAUGUUUUCAAAGCAAAAAAGAAGCUACUGAUUUACAUCCAAAUGUGUUUCGUGUUGUUAACAUUGACGAAAAUGGAUCCGAUUUGUGUUCAGGCCAAUUGGAAAUCACGGAAUCAGAUAUCAUUUUAUACCGUGAAGGCAGAGAAUCUACUGUGUGGCCCCUUCAUUCUUUACGACGAUAUGGUUUUGAAGGAGAAAUAUUCAGUUUUGAAUCAGGAAGAAGAUGUGAAACAGGUGAAGGUAUAUAUGCAUUUAGAUGUAGAAGAGCAUCUCUUUUAUUUCAAACAUUACAGCAACAAAUACAAUUAAGGAAUGUUGUUCAUGAUACUGUUCCUUAUCCGGUAACAAGACUAUCACCAUCAUCACAAGGGCGGCAGACAUUACAAGCUAGUGUUGUCCAUCGUUCUUCGGUAGACAAUGGUCAACCUGAUGCAGCAACAGCUUUCAAUAAUAACCUGUCCAAUAUGGCUGCUAAUGCAGGAGGAGUUCCACCAAUAUUAACACAGUCACCUCGCUCACCUUCCAGUGCUGAUAUAUUAGAAGUUAUGCCCCUGUAUCCACACUCACAAGCAACUGAUAGUCACGUGACAAAUAUAUAUCAAGUCCGAGAUUUUAAACGGGAACAUAAUAAUAAUAAUCAAGCAGAAAUAGGAACUGACAAUCGACAUGUCUAUACUAAUGAUUUUAGUAGAGACUUAGCAAUACUUAGAAAUAAUUUAAGACAAGAAGCAGUUUUGAAUACUAUAAGGGAUAUCGAAGAUGAAACAAAUUUUCUUGAGAAUAGAUAUGUAAAUGAAAAUGUUCCAAAUAACUCAGCAAAUCAUGUGAUUUCUCCUACAAUGAGUAAUUCAAGUGAGCACUAUGCUCAAUUAAGCAUGGAACAACAGGCAUUGUCAAGAUUAUAUGUUAACAUUCCUCCCAGUGAUGCGAACACUUUUGACAUUAAUAAAAAUGACACAACUCCAACAACACCAAUAACACCAAAACAAGUUGAAUAUUGCAACUUGUCUCUUGGAACAAAACCUGAAAUAAAUAUAAAUACAUAUGCAAACCUAAUGUUGGGUGAUAUUGCCGAUAGUGUUAAAAAUGUAAAGUCAACUUUUAGUACAUCUGAACACACCCAGAAGUUCUCCGAAUCUGACACCUUCACCUCAAUGUCACCCAUUGAAGAAAUGGAAGUCAAUUAUGCUAUUUUAGAUAUUGAUUCUAAUAAAGAUACUCAUAUUAAAGGAGCUAGAAACCUUAUAUCACCAGAAAGUCAAUCAAACAGUUCCAAAAAUGAAAGUACUGCUUUAUGUUCCUCACAACCACAUGGUCGGUUGGUUUCUCAGACUAGUAUUGACCAAUCAACAGCAGGAAAUGCAUCCAGUACCCUUCCUUGUACUAGUAUUGGUUAUACAACCAUUGAUUUUGAUAAAACCGUUGCAUUGACGUCUGUAGCUGCAGGAGCAGAGCUCAAUAUGGAUAGUUGUAGAAAAAAUAGACACAAUUCCUGUGGAAUUUUAUGCGGCAGCCCCAGCAGUAGUGAGAAAAGUAAAGGGAUUAACUGAGGUUUAAUAUUCCCUAUGUUUAAAAGGGGAAACCAUUAGCAGUUUGAACUUUCCAAAGUAGCACAAAGACUAUUUAAUGUUUUAAAACAUCAUAUUUAGUUAUGUAAGAUUGUGCAAAAAAACAUUGUGCAGUGAACUUUUCUCACAUCAUACGUUUUCAAUGUUUUAGAAAUGCUAAAUGUCAUUUUUUUUUAAUAUUGUAGUGAAACCAAAACAUGAAUAUCUAAAGCCAAAUGUUUAUAUAACCAAAGCUUUUUAAUUCCAAAUAUUUCUUGAUGUUAUUGCACCGAAGAAUAUCUGUAGAAUCUUCUUUUGAGAUACUUGUUGGAUGCGAAAAUGUACAUUUAUUUAUUAAUUUAAAAAACCUAAAACAAAGAGGUAGAGACUGAAAUGUAUAAUAUUGUUUAAGAAUAUUAUGUUUUUAUUACUUCAGGAUAUGAAACUAACAACAUCGAAAUUUAUAGGAAUGUAGGGUAUUUUAUAUUCCUUCCAAAAUUAUUAAAAUAUUUGAGAUCGUUUUAUGAUAUGUACAUAAUGAUUAUAUAUUUUAUCACUGCCUGGUGAAAUUGCCUCUUAUUGCCUAUUUUUUGUAAGUUAUAGUUUAAUAUUUUUAUUUUUUUACUGUUUUUGUCAGUGAAUAAUAUAGUAAAUUAUUAUUUCUGGGCUAUCCAAUAAUUUCGUCCACUAGACGAAUAUUUUUCGGUACGAAUAUGCACGCAGAUGCUAACAACAAACUUGUUACGGUGCAAGUUCAUAUGAUAACUAAAUGGUAAAUAAUGCUUUGUAAUGGCGCUAUUAUAUAGUAUAUAAGGUUUGAGACGUUUAGUCUGAGAAAGGGUGGUGCAAAUUUUCUUUUAAGGCUAUGAGUAUCUAUAAUAUUAUAAGAUGUAAUAUACACUAUCGACAUACACACUUAUGUAGUAUUGUAUGUUUAGGAUGUAAUUAAAUUAAUGUGAAACGUCAUAGGUACAAUGAGUAGUUUUAUAGUUAAAUGUUACAUAUAGAUUCGUCGUUAGCCUUAGACUACUUUUUAUGUGUAUAGGUAGCUUAAAAUAUAUUAAAUGUUAAUUAUUAUCACAUAAUAUCAUAAAGUCAUCAUCUCAUCAUAUAUCCUGAUUUCGGCCUGAAUAUAGAAUAGGUAUUACAUUACCAUAAAGUUCCUAAAAUUAUUCCAUUUUAGAUGCAUACAAUGAAACAUAUAUUGCCAAUCAGAUGUAAACUUAUGUAUUGUGUUAUAGUUGUAGGCUUUGAUUUUAAGAAUGUAUACCAAAACUUUACAUGUAAGGCUAAUUCACGUUUCACUCUAUUUAUUUCGUAUUUAAAUAAAAAAUAAUAAUUGAGGGAUUUUCUUUUAGAGGCAUCGUAGCUGCCUAAACGAUAUUAACUAUGAUUGUUACAUUAAAAUGUAAUACUGUGAGGUUCCCACUGCAGGGCUGUGGUCACCUUUCUUUUAGAAGGGAAUCGUUAGAGCUCUUUUCACCAUGCUGCUCCAUUGUGGGUAGGGGGAUAAAGUGCCAGAAUAAAGUGGUCCUUGCCCAGGUUUGAUUCUACUAUCUAUGGUUAAGAUUCACAUGUCCUAACCACUGUACUGGCCAUCUUGGCUAUUACUUGUACAUAAAUACAAAUUUAGUUUAUAUAUUUCAUAUACAAAUAUAAUUGUUUUUAAUAUUAGUAAUUAAAAAAUAUAUUACAAAAACUAAGAUCAAGACAAAUGUGCCGACUUAAAUAAUAAAUUAAUACCAAAGAAUAUUUCUUUAAGAGGAUAUGAAAAAAAUGUAAUAGAUAUUUUUCGCAAGAUUAAUAGUUAAUGUUAUAAAAAAAUAGUUAAAUAUAAUUGUAAUAAAAUAAUAGUGAAAGGACUUGAAGUUAUUGUAAAGCAUGCCGUAAACUAUGAGUGUUAAAUUAAGUAGGUAUUUAAAAAAAAAACCUGUUAUC